CGUUAUACAACCACAGACAGCUUUACGAUAGGGAGACAGCGAGAGAGGAUGUUGUCCCGUCAUGCCUGUGGAGAUACGCUACAUCUGAUCCCUUCGGUGUACUUUCCGUUUGCCACCCUCCGGCUCAAGUCAUCCUAAAACCGCUUGAAUCACAAAGCGAUGCCCUGCACCGAUCCACGCCGAAAUAUUGUCCGGACAGUGCGGGGGGAGAGGAGCAUGUAACCCUGCAAGAGAAGCACCGGCGAGGCGGCAGUGUGGUACCACCUUAGACUUGGCUUUCGCCCGCUUUUGCCUUCAUUCCGACACCAAGGGAGAAACCUCAUCGUCGUCUAGUUUGGAUACUUAAGUGUGCACAAAAUGAACGAGGACAUGUCAGAGGUCUCCAAAGAGCUCAUGGAGAGCAUGCGGGAUGCAGUAGGGAGGAAGGUGAAGCUGUCACUGAGGAAAAGAGUCAAACUGGAGAUCAAAGGAGACAAGACAGAGAACCGAGUCUUGGCUCUUGCGUCCCAUCGCGCAUACCUCCUGACUGCACGCAUUCCCACCAAGGUGGAACACUCCUUUAACUACCUGGAGAUCCAGGGCAUUAGCUGUAAUAAGGCAAAACAGCUGUUAGUAGAAUACGAGCGAGGUUCCUUCUCACUGAAGCUCAUCUCCACUGAGGAGGUCAAUGAGGUGGUUGCACAUGUUGGAAACUGUCUGCUCAGAAUAUGUCCAGGUCUUUCACCCAAUAAAGUGAUGAAGAAGCUCAGCAUGGAGCCUCCCGACAGACUGACCUCGCUGCAGACGUUGUGGGAGAACAACAAACCUGCUGACCCGGGGCCAUGUGGUGGCUUUUCUCAGAUGUACAAGUGUGUAUGUGACUGGCUGUCACUGCCAUACAGAGAAGAGGUUCAAUGGGAUGUGGACACCAUCUAUUUGACACAAGACACUAGAGAUCUUAACUUGCAGGACUUCAGCCAUUUAGAGAACCGAGACUUGGUGGCCAUAAUUGCAGUCCUUGAGUUCAACCAGUGGUUCACCAAGCUCACUACAAAGGACUACAAGCUGUCUACAGAUGUUUGCGAGCAGAUCCUUAAAGUGGUGUCUCGCUCCACUCGACUCGAGGAGUUGGUGCUGGAUAACGCAGGACUCAAAACUGAUUUUGCCCAGAAACUCGCUGCUGCCCUUGCACACAACCCCAACUCAGGACUCACUAGCAUCAAUCUUGCCAACAACCCUCUGGAGGACAGAGGUAUUUCCUCCCUUGGUGUUCAGUUUGCCAAACUUCGUACUGGGCUCAAACACGUAAACUUCGCUAAAACCUCAGUGUCACCCAAAGGGGUGAACAGCCUUUGUCAGUCACUGAGUGCCAACCCAUCCAUCCCCGGUAGCCUCGUCCAUCUGGACCUCUCAGGGAACAUCCUCAGAGGAGACGACAUGCAGCAUUUUUACAAUUUCUUGAGCCAGCCCAACCGACUGACAACCCUGGAUCUCUCCAACACAGACUGCUCAUUGGAUCAGGUUUGUUCUGCUCUCUUACGAGGCUCGGCACAGCAUCUGUCUGUCCUCAACAUUUCCAAGAGUGUCUUUCCUCACAGGAAAGGCAAAGAGGUGCCGCCAUCGUUUAAGCACUUCUUCAGUAGCGCCAUGUCUCUCAGCUCCAUUAAUGUGUCAGGAACAAAGCUGGCGCCAGAUGUCCUCAAAGCUCUUCUGCUAGGCCUGGCUAGCAACCCCAAUGUGAAGGACGUAUCUCUUGACUUAAGCUGCUGUGAGCUUGGCCAUUGUUUGCGUUCUGGAGGGUCACAGAUCCUUGAAGGAUGCAUUGCUGAGAUUCCAAACAUCUCCAGCCUGGAUAUCUCUGACAAUAGCCUGGACUCUGAUCUGUCGACUCUGCUGAUAUGGUUGGCAAAAAAUCGAUCAAUAAGACAUUUGUCUCUGGGCAAGAACUUCAACAACAUCAAGUCCAAAAACCUCGCCCCGGUGUUGGACAGUCUGGUUCACAUGAUCCAGGAGGAAGAGUCGCCUCUCACCUCUUUGUCUCUGGCCGACUCCCGACUGAAGAGCGAUCUGACCAUUAUUCUGAAUGCGCUCGGCAGCAACACGUCACUCACCAAACUGGACAUCAGCGGCAAUGCCAUGGGCGACAUGGGUGCCAAGAUGCUGGCAAAGGCACUGCAGAUUAACUCGAAACUCAGGACGGUGAUCUGGGACAAAAAUAAUACUGGUCCUCAAGGUCUGCAGGAUGUAGCAACAGCUCUGGAGAAGAACUUCACUAUCCGUUUCAUGCCCAUCCCCAUCAUUGAUGCCUCUCAGGCUCUAAAGUCCAGUCCAGAGAAGACCGAGGACGCCUUGCUCAAGAUUGAAAACUAUCUCUACAGAAACCACGAAAGCAGGAAAUAUCAACAAGAGCAGGCCUAUCGUCUUCAACAGGGCAUCGUAACCACAACAACACAACAGAUGAUGGACCGGAUUUGUGUGAAGGUGCAGGAUCACCUGAACUCUCUGAGGAACUCUGAGACUGACGCCAUCCUCGAAGAUGUCAGGUCUGCUGAAAGCCUCAUCAAAGAUGCAAGGAACUCUAAAACGCUCCUUCCAAACCUCUAUCACUUGGGCUCUGCCUCGAGAGAGGAGGUGCACCAUGCUUCAGUAGGCCCCAUUCAGGAGAAAUUGGAGUCCAUGGCUGGUGAGGUGACUUCUGUCAUGGAUCAACAAUUACAGAGACUGUUGGAGUCCAUGAUGGACGCCGCAGAGUCUGUGUGUCCUCACGUGAUGAAAAGGAGUCAUCUGCGCGCAGACCUCAUGAAAGCCAGUUCGACCAAAAUGGUCAUCCCUAAAAGUUUUGUCACCAAAACGCUCCUGGAUCAGUCUGGUAUUGAUAUCAUCAAUAAAAUCAGUGAGGUGAAGCUGAGUCUUGCCUCCUUCCUGUCUGACCGCAUCGUUGAUGAGAUUUUAGAGGCUCUUUCCACUUCGCAACACACUUUGGCAGACCACCUCGUGCGAAGAGGGCGGCCCUUGGUGCAGCAAGAGUCGAUAGACAUGGAUGUUCCCGAGGAGAGGAUUCCCAAACGGGCUUCCACUGAGACCCUCGAGGGCGAGCGGCUGGAUGAACUGGAGUCAUGCAUGACACUGUGCUGCACCAGUAUGACUCCAAAGACAAAGAGAAAAAGCAUCCAUAGUAGAAUGCUGAGACCUGUGUCUCGUGCCUUUGAGAUGGAGUUUGACUUGGACAAGGCACUGGAGGACGUACCAGUGCAUGUGGAGGACACGCCACCUCCGUCACUCAGCCCUCCAGUUCCCUCUCAGCCCUUACCGAAAGGGGAGCAGCGUGUGCCGGGAGGGAUAUUGGAGCUCCCGUCUGAGGAAGAGAAGAAGCUGCAGCACUUUACCAAGCAAAGACCUCGUCGAAACAAGAAAACACACUCCAGCAAGAUACCACAAAUGAGCAGCGCCCCACCCCAGGAUGGUGAGCAGAAUGGCCUCAUGGGAAGGGUGGAUGAAGGUGUGGAUGAAUUUUUCUCCAAAAAAGUCACCAAGAUGGAUUCAAAACGUUCCAUAAAGGGCUCAGAAUCUCACGAUGGAGAGAAGAAGAAGAGCAAAGGAGGCUUCCUCAACCUGAUCAAACGCUCUACCAAGUCGGAUAAAUCAGAGAAGUUGGAAAAAUUAGAGAAAAAUCAGGUGACCCCUUCAUCCUCAGCCACAUCGUCGACCUCUUUAGUGUCAGUUUCCAGCAUCGCUGAGGAACCAUCCUCUCCAAAGUCGACAGUAAAAAGUCCAGCACCUGAGCCAAAGUCCAGAGAUUCGUCCACUCGCUCACAGCCGACAGACUACAGCAGCGGCUCGGAACGUUCGGAGGAGCUGAGGACUCCCGACUCUAUAGACGAGUCGUGGGAGGGCUCCGACGGCCGAGGGAGUCCCCAAGGAGGCCGGCGGUACCCCGGCAUGCAGAUGAUGGGUGGUGGGCUCCUGGCGGAAAUGAAGGCCAAGCAGGAGAGGAGAGCACAUAAGUCCUCCAGCCCUGACAGACCUGACAGCAAUGCCACAGGUUCUCCAGAGAAGACCUCAGUUCGUGUCGAAACAAAGCCUGAACCCGUUCCUCGUCCCCGGGCUCCGUCCUCUUCUGGCUCCCCAGGGGGGCCAGUGAGUCCCAAACCCACAAUGCCCCUGGGAACGAAGCCCACUCCGUCCUCCCGGCCCUCCCUUCCUCAGAAACCGAGGACCUCCAGCAGUCGGAGCAUAGAUGAGAGCUCAGAAGCACCCAACGGCGGCAGGCUUUCUCCUAAAGUGGCAGGUCUCCCAUUGCUGAAGAAGGUGUUACCAGAGAAAGACAAAGAGGGCCACAAUAGUCUGCAGCCAGGAGGUUCUGCUAUUAAAUCUACUCAGGAAGGGAAGAAAGCGUCCGUGUUUGAGCCCAUUCAACGCUCCAACCAUCAGCGCAGCAACUCUGAUGACCACGGCGCAUUCAAGGGAAAGGGGGCAUCUCCAAAUCCAGAUAAGGACAAAGCAGGCAAAAAGAACUCUGAUCCUGGGGAGAAAGGCGACAAAGAAAUUAUUUUAAUAUGAAUUUAUCGCAUUUAAUGCAAAAAUUAACCUUGUUUUUUUUGUUCAUUUGCAAAUGAUCGAAUAGGCAAUAUGAGCAAUAGUUUGUAUUUAUAUUAAGUUGUACAAAUGAUGAAACACUUGGUUACAGUUAACCUAUUAAUAUGAAUCAUUACACCAAAGUGGUGUUUUUCCCCAGAAUAACCUUUUCAACUCUCUUUCUGAUGUCACCUACCCUAAACCAAACAUUCACUAAGAGCUUCCUUCUUCUUGCAGAAAUAUGUCAUUUCUACAGGCAAUUAAUCGUUUGAGCUGACUAAUUAAAACCACUAAAAACAGAAGCAUGAACGUACUUUCAAUGGAAAGCAAGCAUGGGCUGGGAACUCUGAAAAGAGGCUGUGAAAUGAUUUUAAUAAUAAUGUCAUGAUCUAUUUGCUUAAAAUAAUAAUCAUAAUACCACCUAUCGCGGUACUUUACUUGAAGCUUAAUACAGUCCUCCACCCAACAAUUUUUCUAAAUGUCUGAAUCUCUUUUUGCCAAAAUACUUUUUUUGGUGAAUCCAUUAUGCAACCCAUCUUUUUUACAGGAUAAUACAGGUUUCUGCUAAGCAUCUCAGCACUCACAAAUCACACUAAUGUAGCUUACCUGGACCGAACAGUCACCACACCGCUGGUCCUCACUGGUGACUGACCUUUGCCGACCCUGCAGUACACUUGAGCUUUUAAUCAACAAAGGCUUCAGCACUGUUAACAAACAAGCAUUCACUUUCUGUGGAUGGAAAAAUUCUUGUGACCCUUUAACUUGCUAGGGGUGUCUUUAUGUUUAUAGGAAAUGAAGUCAUGUGACUUAGUCUCGUUUAGUUUCAAGCUAGAAUACAAAGCUGUUGUGUUGCAUGCCACUUUUUGUCCUGUUGUCCUUCCGAUUGUUAAGUUCAAGACGCAGUGUGACGCCAUCUAUUGACACUCAAAAUGUUCCAUACUUAAGGCUUUCAACCUUAAUUGACUUGAAUGCAAAGUGUAACGUUUGAUCCAAAAUGAUCCUGAAAUGGAGUGUGUGUGUGUUUGUGUUUUGAUCUCGGUGCUCUUCCGUUGCGUCUGGACGCGUACCGAAACAGCACAAAACAUCUUAAAAAGCAACAAAUUCUAUUUUGUACACAGCCUAACAACCGCCACUUUCCAAUGCAUGCACUGCAAAAUGCAGUAGGAAAAAAAAAAAAAGAGGUCCAGUUUGGAUUGCCGUAGCUUGCAGAUUUAAGAGAAAGAUUAAGGGUGGUGGAAGCACAAGUGUUAAAUGGGCUCCAAAAGAACUUUUGCAGUCUUUCUUGUAGAAUGGCUUCUUAACUAAUCAUGCAAAUAAUUCUUUUUGUAAAUAGUUUCACUGGCAUGAUGCCAAUUUAAUUUAUUUUUUUUCUCCAAAAAGAUGUCAGGUCACAGGUGCACAAGUUUGCUGCAGCUGACUGUGACGCGAACAAAAUAACAGUAAACUCGAGUGAGUGAGAGAGAGAGAGAGAGAGAGAGAGAGAGAGAGAGACUGCAUGAUGAUUGUGCACUGUACUGUACUGUACUGAAUCGAGCCUGAAUCAAGCGUCAAGCCUACAAGUGUGUAUGUGUCAUGCAUACACGUAAUAUGGACACUGUGACUUUUUUUUUUUUUUUUUUUGCAUAGUUUGGUACAUUGCUUGUAACAUUCAAAAUAACGUCCACAAAAUUCUCUCUUAAAUUGUACAUUUUGUUGUCUUUGUUUGUGUCAGGUAUGAAAUGUAUUAAAUCUUAACCAUUCUUUCAUAAUUUGUUAAAAAAGGGGGGGGGGGGGGUGUAUGCAACAUUUUCACAUAAAUACUGAAGACAUAUUUGCACAUCUUACAUCUUGAUUUAGUUUGGGGAUCAUUGUGUUGCUUUCAUACUGUCCUGCUGGUGUCCAUGUGAAUAUUAACAUUGAUUAAAAUCAUUUUACAG